GUGAGCCGUCGUCCUUUUCCCCAUUCAGGUCAUUUAGCGAUUCGAAACACCGACCAGACUGCUCCAGCCAGCGACCAGCCCACGCUCUCUUCCAGCGCCCAUCACCACCGCGUUCGGUAAAACCUUGCUGGUUAAGUUGCUUCUGCUUCUCCGGCGGCGCCAUUCCUUAUUCGCCCUUGAUCGUCGCUUCGGCCGUUUCAGUGGACUGCAAGAUUGCGACGCCCCUACGGGCACCUAUCGAGCCGACAUCACGUUUUUGCCCAGUGGGCAAGGGAACAAAAGGACAACAAAAAGGAGAUCCCUCCCCGACCCUUGAUUUACCACCGUCCGACAUGUCCACCUCGUUUGAUUCCGCCGAUUCCUCUCGUCCUAUGAUGGCUCCCACUACCCAAAACCGCGCCUCCGUUCGCCUCUCUAGGGCGGCCUCCAUGGCCCCCUCGGUCGCGCCCACCUUCAGCACCACCGACACCGCCGUCGCCCAGAUCGUCGACAUUGGCAAGGGGCUCGAACGUAUGGAAAACAAGGCGCUGACGCAGCAGCGCGUGCAACUGUCCGAGGAGAAGAGCGUCAACUUGCAGAAACUCGCUCUGGGCGCCAAGCUUGAGCGCGCGCUCGACCGUCGCAUGUCUGGCCAGGAUGCGGUCAUGAGGCCGCGCAAGCCAACUAUUACCGCCGCUUCAAGCGUCAUCAGCGAGAAGGAGAGGGUCGAGGCGAUCUGAUUUGGACAUAUUGAGCCAAGGGGCAUGAGGUGAAUGGGGCGAAAAAAAAAAACAACGAUCACGCGGCAAGACAAGAGAAGAAUAUCUAGGAUGUUUUGCCGGUUGGUUGGAGAAUGCGCCUGCCGCUCCCGUUCACUCCGCCUGCACAAUGCCGUUCCACACGCUAUUGGGGGAUGUUGCGCUGAGACCGAUCGCGCAAUACGAGAGGAUAACCAGAUACCAACCUUCCUCGUCCGCUCGAACAACCCAAACGCGAAACACACAUGCCGACAAACACGCCGCGUCGAGAACUUGGAAAGAAGUUCACCACAUCGGGAGAGAGUAGCGGUGAUAUUGAGAAUGAGAUAAACUGCGAAUUGGAUGCUCGGUCGCAGGCAACGGAAGGAGUUGUACGAUUACAUUUUCUGGGUGUUGAACACAUCAUGGCGUUGCUUAUUUUUAUUUUCAUUUUUGUCUCACCACGUCUGGAUCAUUACCUUUUGUCAAGGGGGAAACAUUCGGGUGGCCAGCUUGAAUCACUACGAGGACAAGACACUGGCCAAGGAUUCGGGAACAUUGCUGCUUCAUAGACAUGUUUUCAUUUUGGAAGAAGGCCGGGGGGAGUGGUCAACAAAAGGGGAAGAGCAGACGGCAACUUUCAUACUGGGCGAGCAAGCAGCAGACAUGUUAGUUACAUGGAUCGAUGGACUGGGUUACGUUACAACGCAAAUUCGCAACUGGCACCUCACUUUCGGUGUAUGUGUAUGUGUAUACCUAUACCUGAGGGCCGUGAUACGAGAUACGUAGUAAAUUGACAGGAAGU